UCGAGGCUGGAGGCGGGUUAAAGAGCACUCAGCCGGUAGAGCCGCGCAUGCCGAAGCAGGUUUAAUGGCGUGGCAGGGUCUGGCGACCGAGUUCCUGCAGGUGCCGGUGGUGACGCGGGCCUACACCGCGGCCUGCGUCCUCACCACCGCCGCUGUGCAGAUGGAGCUCCUCAGCCCCUUCCAGCUCUACUUCAACCCGCACCUUGUGUUCCGGAAAUUCCAGGUCUGGAGGCUCGUCACCAGCUUCCUCUUCUUCGGCCCCCUGGGAUUCAGCUUCUUCUUCAACAUGCUCUUCGUGUUCCGCUACUGUCGCAUGCUGGAAGAGGGUUCCUUCCGCGGCCGCACAGCCGACUUUGUCUUCAUGUUUUUCUUUGGGGGAGUCCUCAUGACUCUGCUGGGGUUCCUGGGCAGCCUGUUCUUCCUGGGACAGGCCCUCACGGCCAUGCUGGUAUACGUGUGGAGCCGCCGCAGCCCACAGGUGAGGGUCAACUUCUUUGGCCUCCUCACCUUCCAGGCACCGUUCCUGCCAUGGGCCCUCAUGGGCUUCUCGCUGCUGCUGGGCAACUCGAUCUUCGUGGACCUGCUGGGGAUUAUUGUGGGUCACAUCUACUACUUCCUGGAGGAUAUUUUCCCCCACCAGCCUGGAGGCAAGAGGCUGCUGCUGACCCCCAGCUUCCUGCCCCUCCCUACAGGAAGCUGCUACUGGAUGAUCCAGAGGAGGACCCCAAUUACUUGCCUCUCCCCGAGGAGCAGCCAGGACCCCCACAGCAGUGAACUCAGACAGGAUGGGGGCCAGCCCCUAAGGCCUGUUCUGGCUUCCAUCCUACCCUAGCCCUUGCUUGCAGAACAGCCACCAACCUUGGAGGCUGGACCUGUAGUCACGGCUCUCUCAAAUAAACAGUAUGACCUGCA